AGAGAGAGAGAGAGAGAGAGGGGGGAGGGAGGACAGCGAGUGCGCGAACAGGCAGCAGCCAGGCGGGCACAUCAGCAACAGCGGCUGAGCAUCUUUCCCCCGAUCCUCGCCUCCUGACUCUGUUUCUAUCAUCAUUUAUUUUGGUGCCAAAUUUCUGCGUGGCGUGUGCGCCUCCGGUGGAGCCCCUCACAGCUCGGGGCUGAAGUGUCCAGAAGCAUCCGGCGACCGUUCACCUCCUGCCGCUCACUUUCCUCCGGAGCUCGGUUUAUUCUUAGCUCAGCUGCAAGAGACACAAACAGAGAGAGAGAGAGAGAGAGUGGGAGACUGUCCUUCCGGCACUCUCUCUUAUUUCUCCCAGUUUCUUGAAUAUUUCAUGGAAAAUGGCGAUCUGCGCGCAGUCGAUCGGCGUUUUCUGCCUCUUCGCCGUACAAACUGUACUUAUUAUAUGCGUCUCCACACCGACAGCCGGGACCCACCACUUCCCACAGCACUACACAAUGAUUCACUGGGCCGGACGCAUUGAGAAGGAGCUGGAAAAGGUUCUUCAGCACGUUACCGGAGCUCAGCAGAUGAGAUCGAUUUAUAAUGAGAAGAAGAGCCAGUUUGAAAUCAAGAGAAACAACCCCAAGGAUCUGGUGGAGCGAGUGGCGCGGGACAUCUCUAAGCUGCUAAACAGCAAGAGCAAAGCCUUAGAGAAACUGGUCCGAGAGGCUGAGCAGCUGCAGAAGGAGCAUGUGUGGAAAGACGGCGUGACGGAGAAUGCCAUUUCAUACUACGAUUCGAAAGCGGAUUCAGACUAUCAGACAGAGGACGGAGAGGAGGAAGCUCCGCUGGAGACCUCGUCCUCCCUGGAGCUGGAGUUUGUCGACGAUCCAAAUUUUAAAAACAAGGUCAACUACUCCUCCAGUGCCGUCCAGAUUCCCACAGAUAUAUACAAAGGCUCGCCUGUGAUCCUGAAUGAGCUCAACUGGACACAGGCUCUGGAGCGAGUCUUCAUCGAAAACCGGCGCGAGGACAGCUCUCUGCGCUGGCAGGUGUUCGGCAGCGCCACGGGCGUGACGCGGUACUACCCAGCCACUCCUUGGAGGGCGCCCAACAAGAUCGACCUUUACGACGUUCGCAGAAGGCCAUGGUAUAUCCAAGGUGCAUCGUCUCCAAAGGACAUGGUCAUCAUUGUAGAUGUGAGCGGCAGUGUCAGCGGACUCACUCUAAAGCUCAUGAAAACCUCCGUCAUAGCGAUGCUUGACACGCUAUCAGACGAUGACUAUGUCAAUGUGGCGAAGUUUAACGAAAAGGCAGAGGCUGUCGUCCCGUGCUUCAGGACUUUGGUCCAAGCCAAUGUUCGCAACAAGAAGAUCUUCAAGGACGCCGUCAAGCAUAUGCAGGCCAAAGGAACCACAGAUUACAAAUCAGGCUUCACGUUUGCCUUCGAGCAACUUCUCAAUGAGAGCAGUGCCCCGAGGGCCAACUGCAAUAAGAUGAUAAUGAUGUUUACAGAUGGCGGUGAAGAUCGUGCUCAGGAAAUCUUUGAGAAGUAUAACUGGCCCAACAAAACUGUUCGAGUUUUCACCUUCUCUGUUGGGCAGCAUAACUAUGAUGUCACCCCUUUGCAGUGGAUAGCAUGUGCUAAUAAAGGUUACUACUUUGAAAUACCAUCAAUUGGAGCCAUCAGAAUCAACACACAGGAAUACCUGGAUGUCCUGGGACGUCCCAUGGUGCUGGCUGGGCCUAAAGGUAAACAGGUGCAGUGGACCAAUGUCUACCAGGAUGCUCUGGGUUUGGGGCUUGUCAUCACAGGAACGAUGCCAGUUUUCAACCUCACUGCAGAUAGCGCUAGCUCUCAGAAUCAGCUCAUCCUUGGGGUUAUGGGAGUAGAUGUUGCAAUUAAUGAAAUCAAGAAGAAGACUCCAACAUACAGACUUGGGGCCAAUGGCUACACAUUUGCUACUGACCCAAACGGUUACGUGCUGCUGCAUCCUAACCUAAGACCCAAGAUCAUUAACUUCAGGGAGCCUGUCACUCUGGACUUUCUGGAUGCAGAACUAGAAGAUAACAACAAGGAGGAGAUCCGCCGACAGAUGAUUGAUGGCAAAUCGGGGCAAAGAAAAAUCAAGACGCUCAUUAAGUCAGUUGAUGAGAGAUACAUCGACGAAGCCAUGCGAACGUACACAUGGACGCCCGUAGAAGGUACAAACUACAGUUUAGGGUUGGUACUGCCCACAUAUAGUGAGAACCAUGUCAAGGCCAACCUAAGUGACCAGAUCCUUCAGGUGCAGUUCUCAUACAUCAAGGAUUUUGAAUCUCUGCUGCCAAACAGUUUUGAGUCUGAAGGACAUGUAUUCAUUGCUCCCAGGGAGUACUGCAAUGAUCUCGAACUUUCCAACAACAACACCGAGUUCCUGCUCAACUUCAUUGCCCUGAUGGAGAAGGUGACUCCAGACUCCAAGCAAUGUGACAGUUUGCUCCUUCACAAUCUGAUUCUUGACACUGGCAUCAUCCGGCAGCUGGUCGAUAAAGUGUGGAAGAAUAAAGACUUAAAUACAUAUGGCUUCCUGGCUGUGUUUGCUGCAACAGAUGGAGGCAUAACAAGAGUCUUUCCAAACAAAGCUGCAGAAACCUGGGAGGAAGACCCAGAGCCGUUUAAUGCCAGCUACUACCGCCGUAGCCUUGACAACAAGGGUUACAUCUUCACAGCACCGUAUCGAUCAGCUGGGGCCGAUCUGUUGAACCCAGAAAACGACACAGUGGGAAUUUUGGUCAGCACGGCUCUGGAUAUCACAAUAGGCGGGAAGACGGUCAAACCUGCAGUUCUUGGAGUAAAGUUAGACCUGGAAGCAUGGACCGAUAAAUUCAAGAUUCUUGCCAGCAACCAUACGGACAGCCGUCAAGGCUCAAAUACGUGUGGACCAAACAGAGGUUGUGAGAUGGACUGUGAAGCUAAUAGUGAUGAUCUCCUGUGCUAUUUAAUUGAUGACGGCGGUUUCCUAAUCAUGUCAAAUCAGAAGGAUGACUGGAGCGAGGUGGGCAAAUUUCUUGGUGUCGUUGACCCAAACUUGAUGUACGCUCUGUACAACAAUUCCUUCUACAAGCGCAAGCAGUCGUUUGAUUAUCAGUCUGUGUGUGAACUAUUACAAAACAGUGAUACUGGAGCAGCAAGGCGAGGAGUGUUUGUGCCUACGAUUGCAGACUUUGUUAACCUGGCAUGGUGGACGUCAGCUGCUGCAUGGUCCUUGUUCCAACAGCUUUUAUACGGUUUGGCUUAUCACAGCUGGUUUGUCACAGAUGAGGUGGAAGCGGAAGUAAUAGAGUCAAAAGAGAGGAGCUGCGUGAUGAUCCAAACCCAGUACUACUUCAGUAACCUCAGCAACUCCUACAACAUCCUCCAAGACUGCGGAAACUGUUCCAGGCUGAUUCAUGCCAAAAGGAUUAACAACACCAACUUGCUGUUUGUGGUAGCAGAAAAGCUGCCAUGCAGCUCCUGCGAGAUAGAAGAUCUUUCCCAGGACAAGGAGGAGUUCAAGGAGGAAAAUCCGUGUGAAGAAAUGACGACCGCACGGUAUCGAAAAGGACCUUCCACCUGUUUCGACAGCAACGCAGCUGAGAACACGUCAGACUGUGGAAGAGGUCACUCCUUCCGUCCGCCUCUCUACACCCUCCUGCUCAUUCAGCUGAUGCUGCUUUAUUCAGCUCUCAGCCCCCAUCAUCACUCUCUGUUACAUUAACUUCAUUCUCCUCAUCCUCGCUCCCUUCCCUUAAAAAAACCCUCCAUCCCUCCCGACUCUUCGCCUCCAUACCCGCGCCCUCAUGUUGUUUUACUCAUAGUUACUUGCGGGACCUCCUGUCGCGGUCAGUUGGAAGCCCAGAGUGCGGCGCCGUCCAGCUCGGACGCUGGACGUUUGUGUCCUCAGCCCGACCAGCCUACAUCUCCAAGCCAAGCUGUCGGUGCAGGACCGUCAAAGCACCCCAGAAAAGAGAAAACAACCCCCUUGUUCUCCAAAUACCACCUUCAUCUAGAUAAGAGAGAGAUCCUGAUACAGACUGGAGAUUUGGGGCUGACUGUCCGCCCUCCUCCUCCGAUGACCGGACUUCUUCUUCUCCUUCAUCUCAGAGUCUCACCAUCUGCCUCUCGUAAGGCUGUGGAUCCUCCAGCCAGCUAUUCCACCACAGACGAUAAUAAGAAAAAAGAAAAAAAAAAACUAAACAAGUAUUCAAAAUGUCAAGUAUUACCUG